AGAGCACUGACGAGGGACUUGAGGGAGAUUGCUAGUAUUUCUCUUCAGGUUUUAUGUUGAGUGUUUAACCUCUUUUGGCAGUUUGGCUGAAUGAAGGUGCUGAUUUGAAAGCCGAGCUUUAUUCCGCUAUACGAUGGGGUGUUAGGAAGCGUAGUCAGCUAGCGCGGAGGAAUUAUUUUCUUCAUUUCUCUCACCGUGACGGCAAGGAAUGUAAUUCAAUCAGCAUCGCAGUGAUGACCGGAAAAAGAGAAAAGAAUGGCUGGCGAGGUGUCCGUGGAGCGACAUGUUCUUCAGACCAUUGAGAGGUUAGCCUGCAUACAGAAGCAAUUAUCGAACCAGAACAGUUUUCAGACUGCUGCCAGGGAGCUACUCGAGUGGUGCACAGAUAUAAGGGCAUUUCAGAGACAGUUUGAGACCGCUCUCAUCAACUGCCUCACAAUUGUCAGCCAAGUAGCACCACAGGGAGGCUACGAUCUAGACUUGGGAUACAGGCUUCUUGCUGUGUGCGCCGCCCACAGGGAUAAACUCAGCCAGAAAUCAUCAGGUAUGUGACUGUCUAGAAAGACUAACUGCAUUUUGUGUAGGAGUACCAUGCACAUUAACUAUCAUGAAUAAUUCAAGCAAUGUCAUUUCAAACAAUGUGUGUAAAUCAUAGGCUUCUUUGCGGUAGUAAAACAUGAAUAUAGAUAUGGAUAUCUUGAAAUUGUCUGGACAUAAAUCAUUUUUCUCAGAUUUAUGGAGGAGGAGGAUGGGGGUAUUAAACUUAAAUAGAGGAACGAAACAUCAAACAAUCAAUCUAGCAUACUUAGAGCAUGCUUAUUUAUCUUUGUAAAUAAACUCUAGUCAAUCUUCCUACGUGUAUUUUUUAAUUUGGAUUUAAGAUCCUAUUUUGCAAGUGAAAAGAAGUAUAAUAGAAGCGUCAAGUUCACUAUUAAUGUUUUAAAUCUUGGCCAAGUUUGGUCAGAUUCAGUUCUGUUGCCAUUUAAGUUACACAAGUAUUCUCAGUCAUAAACUUAAAGUUCAUACUCACUGGAUCAGCGAAAUUUUAAUGAGGAGUGUUGCACCAGCGUUGCGAACAAAACUUAUCACUCCUAUGUUGUGUGAAAAGUAUAAGUAGAGGUAUUUAUUUAUUCAUUGUCAUUAAUGCAGUAUUUUAUUGAUGAAGAUAUAAUCUUUGUGAAUUAGACCAAAAUAAUUUCUAAAUGACUGAAUUAAAGUGUAACCCUGUUUUUGGGUCUGAUGAGAUAAAAUGUUUAAUGCACAGAUGAAUUUCUUGGUUCAAUAACACAGAACUCAACUUUGGCAUCUGCAAUUAAUUUGCACACAAUUUUCAAUGCAAUCAAUCAGAAAUAACAGUGAUAUGAUCAAUUGCUAAGGUUUGAUUAACAGGGAAUUGGUCUACUGGCAAAUGUUAUUUUAUAGGUAUACAGAGUUCAAACAAAAUGACCAAAGAGAUUUGCUUCACAAUCAAAUGCCGUGCAGUUGCAUGCGAUAAACCAUGACAGCAUAUUUUUUUUGUAAUGGCCUAUAUCUAAACCUAAUUAAAUUUGUCAUUAGAAAAUAAGGCUUCUAGAAGCUGUGAAAAUUAUUUCCCCUUCAAGAUGAUACCAAGAUAAGCAAAGAUAUAGAUAGACUAGAUUCCAAUAAGUUAAGGUGUAACAUCUCUCCUUUAGAUUUUUGCUUUGCUGCCCUCUGAUGUGUAUUACAUUAUAGUUUUCAUAUCUGUUGACAUUGGUGCAAUGGUUUGGUGUGUCCUAUCAUUGCUUCCCCCGCUUUAUCAUUGUUACGUAUUGAUUUAUUACCCAUAUGAAUA